GCCUCCAGUUGUUGGGAGACUGACUUGAAGCAGCGAGCCCAGAAUCCUAGAGUGAGCGACCUCGCGGAGACCCCGAACCUCCUAGGGCAUCCCCCCAACCCCCUCCCCUUCUGCCGGGCUCCACAGUCUUUCAAGAUGACGCUGGACGUGGGGCCGGAGGAUGAGCUCCCCGACUGGGCUGCAGCCAAGGAGUUCUAUCAGAAGUACGACCCCAAGGAUGUCAUUGGCAGGGGCAUAAGUUCUGUGGUCAGGCGAUGUGUUCACCGAGCUACUGGCCAGGAGUUUGCAGUGAAGAUCAUGGAGGUUACCGCUGAAAGGUUGAGUCCUGAUCAACUGGAGGAGGUGCGAGAAGCAACUCGAAGAGAAACCCAGAUCCUGCGCCAGGUUGCUGGCCACCCCCACAUCAUCACUCUCAUCGAUUCCUAUGAGUCUUCUAGCUUCAUGUUCCUGGUGUUUGACCUGAUGCGGAAAGGAGAGUUAUUUGACUACCUCACAGAAAAGGUUGCUCUCACAGAGAAGGAGGCCAGGGCUAUCAUGAGGUCUCUGCUGGAGGCUGUGAGUUUUCUACAUGCCAACAACAUCGUGCACCGUGACUUGAAGCCUGAGAAUAUUCUCCUAGAUGACAAUUUGAAGAUUCGACUUUCUGAUUUUGGUUUUUCCUGCCAUGUGGAACCUGGAGAGAAACUUCGUGAUUUGUGUGGGACCCCAGGAUACUUAGCCCCAGAGAUUCUGAAGUGCUCUAUGGAUGAAACCCACCCUGGCUAUGGCAAGGAAGUUGAUAUCUGGGCCUGUGGGGUGAUCCUGUUCACACUCCUGGCUGGCUCUCCCCCAUUCUGGCACAGACGCCAGAUUCUGAUGCUACGAUUGAUCAUGGAGGGCCGUUACCAGUUCAGGUCACCAGAAUGGGAUGACCGAUCAGCAACUGUCAAAGAUCUGAUCUCAAGGCUGCUCCGGGUGAAUCCUGAGGAAAGACUGACUGCAGAGCAGGCCCUGCAGCAUCCCUUCUUCCAACGCUGUGAGGGUAGCCAGGCCUGGAGCCUUUCUCCCAUCCAGCGAUUUAGGGUAGCAGUAUGGACAGUGUUGGCUGCAGGUCGAGUAGCCCUGAGUACUCGUCGGGUAAGGCCCUUGAGCAAGGGAGCUCUAUUAGGAGACCCAUAUGGGCUUCGACCAGUGAGGCAACUCAUUGACAGUUGUGCUUUCCGCCUCUAUGGACACUGGGUAAAGAAGGGUGAGCAACAGAAUAGGGCUGCCCUCUUCCAACACCAGCCUCCUAGCCCAUACCUGGGCUAUAAUCCAGACGAGGAGGGAGAUCCAACCAACACUGAUGAUGAAUCUAUUGUUGCAUAGUUAAGACCUCCAUCCUGGGGCCCCCAGAAGUCUGUUUUCUUAGCCCAAGAGCUUUGGGAAGUUCAUGUUUCCCAAUCUGAGGGCUACAGUCAACUCGGUCACCGUGGACUCUGGCCGAAUGCAUUCUUCCCUUCUCUUUGUGCUCUCUGAUGAUGAUGCUACUGUAAAGGGGGUCAGCUCUAUGCCCCCAUCCCUGUUGCUCAGGACUACAGGACAGGACUUGAACAGAAGAAAAAGGGACCAGUUGAGAAUGAUAUUCACAUCUUUGCUGUUGCUGUCCAUUUUUCAUGUGAAAUAAAUCAUCCUGCACACUGGGGAACAA